AUGGCACAGGCGGUUGAGGUUCGGUCUUUGACAAGUGACGGGCCAAGUCGCAGUGGCCUGCGGCAAAUCCAAAGGACAUUGACAAAAUGGCUUUGGGGUGACGCUAUAGGGGAAGAGAGGAAGCUGAUACGGAAGCUUGAUUUCUUCAUUCUUACGUACUCCUGCCUUAGCUACUUCUUCAACAAGCUUGAUAGAGCUGCCUUUGCAAAUGCAUAUGUAGCAGGGUUAAAAGAAGCACUACAACUAGAAGGAAAUCAGUACAACAUCCUCUUGUCGAUGGUCACAGCAGGCAUGCUCGUGGGCCAGGUGCCCAAUAGCCUUGUCAUCCAGAAGGUGGCCCCUCGGAUCUGGCUCCCUUCCAUGGUGCUUCUAUGGGCAGCGCUCACAGCAUUGAGUGCUGCCUGCAAGACCUUCGCCCAGCUAUGCGUCGUGAGGUUGUUCCAGGGCGUGGCAGAGUCCAGCACAUAUGCUGGGUGUAUAUGUGUCAUGGAGUCCUGGUACAAAUCGGAUGAAAUAUCCAUGCGGACAGCCAUCUUGACCAUCACGGGCCAGGUUGGCAACAUGUGCGCUGGGGCCAUGAUGGCCGCCAUCUACGCGUCUCUCGAUGGAAGAUUAGGCCUCGAUGGCUGGCAGUGGGUUUUCAUCAUCGACGGGAUCAUCACGUGUCCGAUUGCUUUCUUUGGCUUUGCCUUCUUUCCAGAUUUGCCGGAGACGACAAAGGCACCUUACUUGAAUAAGCUGGAGAAAGACCUGGCUCUCAGUCGGCUCCCUGCCAAGAUGGAGGAUGGUCACAACAUUGCUCCUUGGAGCCUCGCGAAGCGGGUGUUGGGACAACCAACAUUCUAUAUCUGUUGCGGUUUCUCGGUCCUGGGUUCGGCUUUGCAAGCGUAUCAAGUUCAGGGCUUAAUGCUGCUCUACCUGAAGGCUCGUCAACACAUUGAUGGGUGGUCCCAAGCAGAGAUCAACACCCUGCCUCUCGGGACCCAGGCCCUCGGCAUUGUCGUCGAGCUCCUCUGUGCGACAGUGAUUGACAGGUCAAGUCGGCGGCUCGCCACAGGCUUGGGCCUCUGUCUUAUUCAACUCGUCUGCAGUAUCAUUCUUUUUGUCCCCAGUAUGACAGUCGCCGGCAACCUAGCAGCCUUGUACCUUGCGGCUACGUCGAAUGGCAUCAACCCCUUACUCUACGGGUGGUCUUCAAUCAUCGCCUCCAGAGGGGGUGAUGAUGCAGCGCGAAGCACCAUUUUGGCGGGCAUGGUGGCCUUCGACAUGCUCUUGUACACGUUCUGGGGCAUCGUACUCUAUCCCGCUGAUGACGCACCGUAUUGGCGAAACGGGUACAUCGCCAUGGUAUGCGUUGUAGCAGCGCUAUCGGGAUGGCUGUUCCUAGUCCGAUGGCUGGACAAAUUCACACUGAAGAAGUUGGUCGAGAGGCCUCACGGGCAGGAGCUUGAGGUGUUGGGGGUUGAAGGCGCUGGUGAGAGACCUCAACGAAUCGAAUAGACACAUUCACAAACAUUGCGGCAGCUGAUUGCCCUUGGGAUUCAGUUGGAAUAGACAACUUACUCUCAUCCACCCUGCGCCUGGAACAAAGUUGUUCGCAACGCGAUACCACAUUUGCCAUCAGAAGGCGCGUUCUCGCCUCCGCACGUUUGACUUGAAGAUAAUGGCUAUGCUGGGACUGUUGUUGGAAACCGUAAUCUGUCUUUACCGUGUCUUUUGAGAUAAUCGCAUGGCUCGAUUGAAAAGCAACGCUACCUGUAUCUCGAGUCUGCACUCGU